AUGAAUUUUAAAGAAAUGUUUUUAGGGAGCACUGUUGUGGUCGGCAUAUGCAGUCUCAUCUAUUAUUUUUCAUAUGAAAAAGACAAGGAAAAAGUAGACAGAGAAAUAGAAAAAGGAGUAGUAGUAAGAAUAUUAAAUGAAUUAAGAAAAGAGUUCUUAAGACUUGAUUUCGAUUUUUUAGCAUCUACACAGCUAAAUGAAAUUGAAAAAGGGUCAAAUUUUGAUAUUACAGAUCAAUUUAACAGAAAUCUCAAAAAUUCUCAGAAAAAAGUUUUGAAAAAAUUCAAUGUUACGAAGGAAACUUGGCGAUUUGCUUGUGAAGUGAAAUAUAAAGAUGACAAUGAAAUUAAGGCACUGUUUCUUACUCCCCCCCCCCCUCUGUGAGUGAACAAAACUAUUAGAAAAGUCCCUAUUUUUUGCCCAAAAACCCACCUUCCGUGAGUGAACAAAAAUUUUUUAUGGAAAAAAAUUUUGAUAUAUAAAUGAUAAUUAGUAUAAUGAAAUCUAGAGCUAAUUCUGUUUAAUUUUAAACGAAUUGCUUUUUAAAACAUAAAUUUUAUAAAUUAAAUUAAUAUUUGCUUUCCAAUUUUUGCGAAUUAGGAUUUUUUUAAAUUUCGAAAAAAAAAUAUGUUUAUAAAAUUUAUAUAGAAAUUUUUUAAAAAAAAAAAAAUUAACCCCCCUCCGUGAGUGAACAAAAUUUUUUUGUUCACUCACGGAGGGGGGGAGUUAAUAUAAAAAAUGAAAUGGAUUGCGCAAAAAGAGGAGAUUCUCCAAUAAAUCCUGCGUUGAUACCUUUAUUUUUAACACCCGAGCUUACUUUGCAAAUAUUAGGUGAGCUAUCUGAUCUAAAAGCUUUAGAAAAAUAUUCUAGCAGGGAAAAUGAAUGUGAAAACUCUGAUAUUUUUGAAGUGGAUGAAAACAUAAAGCGUAAACUUUUUGCUAAUUAUGGAUUAACAGUAUGCAGAUAUCCUCCUGAAAUUCUCCUUACUCCCCCCCCCCCCCCUCCGUGAGCGAACAAAACCAUUAGAAAAAUCGCCAUUUUUUGACCAAAAACCCACCCUCCGUGAGUGAACAAAAAUUUUUUUAAUAGAAAAAAUUUUAAUGGAAAAAAAUUUUGAUAUAUAAGUGAUAAUUAGUAUAAUGAAAUCUAGAGCUAAUUCUGUUUAAUUUUAAACAAAUUGCGUUUUAAAACAUAAAUUUUGCAAAUUAAAUUAAUAUUUGCUUCCCAAUUUUUGCAAAUUAGGAUUUUUUUAAAAUUUCGAAAAAAAUAUUUUUUAUAAAAUUUAUAUAUAAAUUUUUUUUUUUUAAAAAAAAAAAUUAACCCCCCUCCGUGAGCGAACAAAAUUUUUUUGUUCGCUCACGGAGGGGGGGGGGGGAGUUAUAGCUUCUAUCUAUAGGGAAAACAAUGAUAAUUAUUUUAAUCGACAGUAUCGGGAGAUUUUAAAUAAACAGAAUGUAAAUCCCAGUCAAAAUGAAAUAAAAGAGUUUAGGGAAAAGUAUUCAUGGCUUUUAAAAUAA